CCCGCCGUUUUGAAGUCUUAUUGAAGAGGAAGGCGAAGGAUUGAAGAAUAUCCUUAGAAGAACUUCUUAUUUAAGGACGCAUGGAUGAAAAAGAACGGAAUUACUGCUGCCUUGUUCUACUCCUUAACAGGGUAGGGCUGGUAAAGCUACGUCACUUUUUCAUUUAUCAGUGGGAUUCUUGCAGUGGUUGUCUUCCAUGGACUGACAGCCUUCAAAAUGGUGCUGCCUUGUUGAUAAAGUACACUCCACUUUAUUAUGAAAGAGACAAAGUCAAGUCAGGUGACACAACAACAUGGGAUUUGUCUCUCUUUGUCAAAACUCUAUUGUACUCCACACCUCCACUUGUACCGAGUUACGAAACAGCUUUAGUUGAUGGCUUGAAAUAUUUGAAAGAUACAAGAGACUUACUCUGUCACACACAAAAUGGGAAGAUUGAAUCAUCGACACGAUUUCAAGAUCUUUUCAAGGAUGCAUGUAAUGCAUUGAAGUUACUUGGUGCUUCCAAAAAUGAUUUCACACGAGUUGAAAAUGAUGUGCAGCAGCCAUGGAUUAAAGUACUGUCAAUGGUAAAAGUGUGUACAUCACAAGAUGCAGAAAUUUUGCAAGGAAUUGAUACAAUAAAGAGCAAUCUUGAUGCCAUGAAGACAGAUUUGUACAAUGUGCAUCACAGGCAGGAGCAGUCGCAAAUAAUACAAGAGGAAAUGUUGUUAGAGCUAAAGCGGGAUCAGUGGAAACGCCAAGAGACUACAAAGCAAAUUCUGUCAGUUAUGCAACAAAACCNUGAAGAAAUGAAUCGUCAAUUAAUGCAAAUACAAAACCGGGAUUCCUCAGACCUGUCAUGCCAAAAGCAAAAGAAGAUAAAGAAAGAUCUGUCACUUAUUACAAGAGCAAAAGAAAAGCUAAAGCAGAGAAUUGAAAGACAAGCUAACCCCCCAUGCAUGUAUGUCCCCAUGAUAGUAGAGAGCAGUCUAUUAAAUGAUUUGCCUAGAUCAAGCAGCCCACAGCCAUUGUCCCAAGAGCUAUCAAAUCAAGUUUACCCAUGGCCUGCAGAUCUCCUUCUAAAGUCCAUACCACAUGACCUGCGUUUUGCAAUUGAAAUCAGAAUAUCCAAUCCUAAACGACCUGGAUGGCGAGAACUUGCACAAGAACUGCUUUUUGAUGAAGAAACCAUACUAUGUAUUGACAACCAUAAUCAACCAGAAAAGGGUUAUCUUUUAUUUGAAGUUCUGAAUACUCAAAAACCCAAGCUGACAUUUACUGCAUUUGUUGAUGUCCUUGCCAUGCUGAAAAGGGUUGAUGUUGUUGAGAAGUCAAAGGAUUACUAUCGUGAUAAUAAUGAUGUUAAUAAUGUCACCCUUGAAGACUCUUGAUGGUAAAAGAAAAUUGGCUGAUAGCAAAACGAAUAGGGGUCAACUGGCCGGGACAGCUAAAUUGAUCACCAGAUAAACAGAAUUAUGAUUUUUGUAGAAACAAAAAGAAUGUACAUUUGGCUGGAUGGUUUUUGCUGGACAUGACCAUACAUUUCCUUGUAUAAUUAUGGCAUGGUCUCAAAGCCCAUUUUGUUUCUAUAUGCUCAAACAUCUAAACCCUGAUUGAUUAUUUUUUUUCUGGAUACAUUGUUAAAUCAGAUUUCGAAGGUCAGACGCUGCAGUCCCUUUUUUAUUUUGUCAAACAGUCAAUUGAAUGCAUUGUUGAUUAUAUGCAUGAUCUUAUGUAUACUUGAUUGGCAGCUAUUAUGCAGUGAUGCAUUGAAUAUAACUAUCAUUUUAUACUCUCAUUUUGUAAAACGUUUUUUUGAGACUGUAUAAUUAUGUCUUUUGUAGUCUUCCACUGAUGUUUUAAAAGUAGCACGUACUGCAGCAAUUAAUCCUAGGCAUUGUAGACUUACUUUUUGCAAUUGUUGCAACAGACAAUGCACAUCGUUUCAGAUCAUUAAUAGGGCUUUCUCUUGUUUUACUAAAGAUAGAAUCUUAAGUGGCAAGGGGUGUUUCAAGUGUGGGUGUCCAUGAGUGCCUGUAUGGACUAUGUACAGUACACUGAAUAUGAUCUGAAUAUGAUGUAUUCAAGCAGCCGCCUACGACAUCAGUUCCUACCCCUCUCCCCCUAAAUUUUGGAGAGGAAUUUUUCCUUAGGGGGAGGGRGGAGGGGAUAGGGGGAGGGGGUGGGAACAGAAGUACAAUAGCUAGUAUCAGAGCAGCUGACAAAUACAAACUUUAUUUAUAAUGCCGCACAUAAGAUUGAUAAUUUUUAAUUUUUAGGGGGGCUAAUCAAUGAUUUUAUUUGACAAUGUGGCAUUAUCUGACAAAGUGAUUUAAAAAAUGUUUACCUAGAAUAGCGUAAACUGAAUGCCUGAGAAGCUGAAACAGUGACGUGUAAGAAGCACAUCUUAAAAGAUGCUUUAAUAUUAAUACUAUAUAUAUACUACCAUUAUUACCACAUUGUCAAUCUAAUUAGGUCCCUUAAUUGACAGCUAUGGUGCAUGCAUGAAUUAUGUCACUAAUACAUGAUUCUUAUUAAGUGUACUUCAUUACAUAGUACUUUUAAGUCUUUUAAAAUAAAGACAAUAUUUGACCAUAUGA